UUUCCCACACUGCAUUGGUCCACCACUAAAUUUCGCGCUAAGAAAUUUGAUUGCGGUACAUUUUGCCUCGAAAUUGUGAAAUGGAGUUGCCUUUGUCUGAAUUUAGUUUACGGGAUUUAAUACGCGAUCUUUACGGCCGUGCGUUGAACAUCAAAGGCACCAAGCAGGAUCUACACGAUCGCCUAGUAACAGCACGCCACGAAAAGGCCGAGGCUCAGGCACAGGGCUAUGUGCGGCCCGGAAGACCACCAAUUGCAAAGUUUGGAGCUUGCGUGCAGCCAGAUGACUUUGCAGAAAUCGAAUGCAUGACGGAUGAUGAGUACGCAGCGUUCUCCAAAAGGGUGCAGUGGAGACUGCGCCGCAUACACAAAACCUACAAUCUGGACGGCCUCGAGUACUAUCAUCCUGGGGUUUUGCAUCGAAUUGAUCGGACCAAGACGUAUACGCUUAAUAUGAGUGAGUUUUGGGUACGCUUGGAGCCGUAUAUCCACAAGAUCUUUGUGGUAUUCCUAACGCGCACCAAUAGCGAGGAGCAGCGUCUUUGCUAUGCCAGAAGCUUGGCAAGAGUGCGCGGCAAGCAUAUGGAGCUGCAGCAAUUAAGGAUGCCUCUAAUCACAAACGAUGAAAUCGGCCGCGUUCUGACAAACAUAUUACUUGAAAUCGAGCACAAUGGACUGGAGAAUUAUGUGGCCAUCGUUGCACCUAAGCAGAAACUGCACAUGCAAGCGUUGCGGGAGGUUGGAAUGGUAGCUAAACAAACGCUGCCACAGAUCGUUUUAGAUGCGUGCCACCUGCAUAGCUGCUUUGAAAACCUAUUUUGCGCCAAAUCUGCACGCUGUUUGUACCGGCUGCAGCAUGAGCUAUUUGUUAAGAGCACCAAUACGGAGCAGCUGGACGAGCUGCGUAAAAACUACACACAAAAUGUAGAUGCGGAUGGUCUACUACAGGAGUUUAUAAAGCCCCUGCCAGAAGUACUGUUAGCCAUGUGGAAGAUCGAGGAACAUAGAGACAAACCCAUUUCCUUGGCUCUCUUAAAUAACGAAAGGCUGAAUGCAUAUAGCGCACAAGUUCAAAUGGAUUUGCCGCCCAUUACAUUUGAGGAGUGCUCAGCUGGUGUCGGCCUCUUGCAAUUGAUACUCUUCGACGCCUUGUGGUGCCUUGGUGAUUCACAUGAAAUAGAGGCAAAUAAUGCUAUUGCUAUACCUGAGCCUCAGCUGCCAGAUGAAUGGCUGCCCUUAUUGAACUAAGGGUUUUAUCCAUAUGACUCUCUAAAGUCUUAAAUCCAUGUCAAGUUCGUAAGACGAAAGAUAAACGCCAGACGCCAAACGCAUAUAAAUU